AUGCCUGCACCUUAUGGAUUAACAGGGCUCAAAUACAAAGAAUAUUUAAAAAAUCAGGACGAUGAGAAAAAAAUUAAGGAGGAAGAAUUAGCGAAUAAAAGAAAGGAACGAGAAGAAAAAAGACUGAACAAACAAAAAUCUCAAAGCAAAAAACGUGUUCAACUGAAACGCCCAAAAAAUCCCCUUAAAAAGCAAGCUAAGAAAAUGAAAGUAGAACAUGAUGAUCACACACAACCUGCCGAAGAUUUUAUAACAACAGAUAAUUUAGAAGCAAGUGAAGAGACUGAAAUAGAAACCAGGAGAACUACUACGACUUGUACUGAAUUUAAGGACAAUUUAUUUGAUAGAUAUGUACUGGUUCAAUUUGAGAGUGGAAAGAGAAUGCGUCAUUUUGUAGGAAAAGUGAUAAUGGUAAAUGACAAUGAAAGAAAAUAUAAAGUAGAUUUUCUUAGAAAAAAAUCCGUUGUGGAAAAUGUUGUCAAUUUUGCAAAACCAAUAGUGCCAGAUAUUGCAGAAGUUGAUUUCGAUGAUAUUAAACGUGUAUUCGGUACACCGAAUAUUUCUAGGCGCGGAUUAAUUUGUUUUGACGAUUUAGUAUUUAAAGAUAUUGAAUAA